AUGAUCCGGGGUGGUGUGGGCCAGGGGCCCGUGGCGUACAGUCACCCCUCAUCCCGUCGGGGCCCAGCGCGACCCCCCAGCAGGCCUGUGCAGCAGGAGGAGCACAUGAAGGAACUGGAGGCGCUGCAGGCCCAGCUGGAGGCCGAGCAUCUCCGCUCCCAGGAGCUGCACCGCCGCUUUGCUGAUGAAAUCUGUGAGAUGAAGAAGACAGCAGAGCAGGAGCGGCAGCUUCUGGCUGAGAAGCUACGCUCCAAAUGGGAGCAGCAACGGGCACGGGAGCUGCAGCAGCUGUGGGAGCUGAGCCAGAAGCAGCGGGCAACAGAGAUCCGUCAGCUGCUGCGUGAGAAGGAGGCCAGGUGGCGCCAGGCACAGGAGUUGCUCCAGCAGCAGCGGGACGACGCCAUCCGCCAGGCGCGGGAGCUGCAGCAGGAGCUGGCCGAGGAGCUGGUGAAGCACGGCUGCAGCAGCAGCAGCGAGGCCCGCAGCAAGCUGCAGGAGGUCCACAGGCAGCUCCAGUGGCGGAAGGACAGCAAGCAGACCGCCCACAUCCUAAACCUGCAAAAUGAACUGGAACUGCAGAGAAAACUCUUCCAGCAGUACAUCCUGGAGCAGGCUGAGGGGCGGCCGCCUGCCUCCCACAGCGAAGACAGGGCUGCAGCCUGGCACCGCCUGCAGACUCGCCUGGGCACAGGGACCACCGGGACCUGCUCUUCGAAGCGCCCCGGUGCAUCUGGUGCUGCUGGUGGAGGAGGGCAGCAGACAACCCACUCCAGCUUAAAAGACGCUCACCUCCAGGGAGAAGGGAAGAGCUGCGGGCGGGCGGUCACAGACGUGGCUGUUCAGGUCGCAGCGCAACAAGAGGCCUGUCCACCUGGCAGUGGAGAGAGCCAGCUGCUGGAGGAGAAAGCUCAUCUGCAGCAUGCCCUGGAGGACCUGCAGAGGCAAUGCAGUGUCCUUCAAGAGGAGACCCGCCUUCUGAGGAAGAAAAGGUCUCUGGAACUGAGGGAGGAGGUGGAGAGGCUCCAGCAGAAGACUAAUAUGCUAGGCCUCCUUACCAAGCACCUGCAAGAAGAAGACAGGCAACUGAAGACUAAUAUGCUAGGCCUCCUUACCAAGCACCUGCAAGAAGAAGACAGGCAACUGAAAGAGAUCGCCUUGAAAUCUGGAAAGACUGCUGCAAAGACAGAGCAGGUCGACCAGCAGCAGAGAGGGCAACUGGAAACCGAGGCUGGGAAAAAACUUAGGCCUCACAAGAACCUGGAUCAGGAACGCUCAAGACUGCAGAAAGGGUACGAGGAGCUGAAAGUGCGUCUAACAGAGAUGAUAAAUGAAAAUGCCAGACGCGCAGAAGAAAAUUCUCAGCUCCGUGGGCAGAAGGAGCGGAUAGAGGAGGUUCGAUCUGACAACACUGCUCUGAAGGGGGAACUCGUGCAAGUGACAGAGCAGCAAAGUUCUGCCAUGAGAGAGGCCAAACAUCUUCAAACGCGACUGAAAGAUCUGGCACAGGCCUAUGCAGAGCAGUCCCAUGACCUUUGCAACCGUGAAGAGGGCCCUGUGGGUGGGAACGGAGAAUCAGGAGCAGAGGAUGUGUCCUUCAUCCUGCAGUCCUCGGGACAAGAAUCGCUAAAACUUCGAAAAUUUUUAGCUCGAUAUAGCUACGAUCCUUUUGAGGGUCCUAAUGAGCACCCCGAAGAAGAGCUUCCUCUGACUGUGGGAGAAUUCAUUUAUGUCUAUGGAGACAUGGAUGAAGACGGCUGGUUUGUGGGAGAGCUGAUGGAUGGCACAAGAGGAUUUGUCCCCUCUAAUUUGGUAGAAGAAGUUUCAGAGGACGACGUGGUGACAACUGUGCCUCCAGAGCUACGUGAUCUCCUGCAGGAUAGCGAUGAUGAAGUGAGGUUUUGCAGCAGGAGAAGAAAGAAGAAACGGAGGAAUAAAUAA